UUGCAUGAGCUAUAUCGACAUGAGUCUGAUACCGCGUUCACUGCACAAUGUAGCGUGAUACAAAAUCUUCUGGACACCUCAAUCUGUUAGAUCCGUCUAUAUCAAACCAAGUUGUUAAUAAUACAAACAAAUAAAAACCGCUAUCAUCCUUUUCAUUCACUAGGAACUUGAUACAAGUCAUGCACAGGUUGAAUCCAUGUAGUUAUGGAAUGUAUCUAGUCAUUUCAACAAAGAAUAGAGACUAAAAAGCAUUAUAUAUAUACAUGCUCAAUUGCUCAAUACCACCUUACUUUAAUGCAAUGGUUACACUCUUAAAAACUACUAGCUUUAUAACACUUCUUGUUUUUUCAGUUUUAGUUGGUUUUGUGUUAAGUGCAGAAACAAGCUUGGAGGUCGAGAUUGAAGCACUGAAAGCUUUCAAGAAUUCAGUUACAAAUGACCCUUUCGGGGCUCUUCAGGACUGGAAUGACUCCAGCCAUCAUUGCAACUGGACUGGAAUCAAGUGUCAGCCUUCAUCGAAACGUGUGGUCUCGAUUUCCCUGGUUGAAAUGCAGCUUGAAGGGUUGAUUACUCCAUUCCUUGGGAAUCUUUCUAAUCUCCAGGUUCUUGAUCUAACUUUAAACUCAUUUAGUGGUCGCAUUCCUCCUCAACUAGGCUCUUGUUCACAUCUUACUGAUCUUAUGUUGUAUCGAAAUUCACUUUCGGAUUCAAUCCCACCAGAGCUAGGAAACCUCAAAAAUCUGCAGUAUGCGGAUUUUGGAAACAAUUCAUUUAGUGGAACCAUUCCAGAAAGUUUAACCAACUGCACUGCACUGUUAGAAAUUGCCUUCAUUUUCAACAAUCUCACCGGUGAAAUCCCAUUUAGCCUCGGUGAGUUGGUUAAUUUACAGAUUUUUUUGGCUCAUGAUAACAGUUUGACAGGCUCAAUACCUGUUUCAAUUGUUAACCUUAUAGAUAUUCAAACUCUUGAUCUGGCUGAGAACAAGUUAACUGGUGAGAUUCCAUUCAACAUAGGAAAAUUGGUUAAUCUACAGUUUUUCUUAGCGCAACAUAAUGCUUUAACAGGCUCCAUACCUGCUUCCAUUGGUAGCCUCAGAGAAAUUCAGAAUCUCGAUCUAAAUGGGAAUAAAUUAUCAGGUCCAAUUCCCCGGGAAAUAGGAAACUUGUCAAAGUUACAGAUACUUCAGUUAUACGACAAUUCUCUCACUGGGGAAAUUCCAGAGACAUUAGGUCAGUGUAUAGAACUAGAAUUGCUAAACAUAUAUAGCAAUCACUUCACUGGAGCUAUUCCGUCUGAGCUUGGAAACUUGACAAGUUUACAAGGCUUACGACUGUAUGAUAAUAAGCUGAAUUCUACAUUCCCACUGUCGUUUCUCCAGCUAAGAUCAUUAAUCAAUCUGGAACUUUCAAAUAAUGAAUUAGUUGGAAGCAUACCUUCCAGGAUUGAUUCUUUGGCAUCAUUGCAGAUACUGAUGCUACAUAACAAUAGGUUUACUGGUCAGAUCCCAUCAUCCCUAACAAAUCUGACAAAUCUAACCUACGUGUCCAUGAGCUUCAAUCUCCUCACAGGAUCAAUACCAUCAAACAUAGGGGCACUGCACAAUUUACAGAAUUUAACCUUGAAUGAUAAUUAUCUUGGUGGAAUUAUACCUCCUAGUAUCACUAAGUGCACACAACUUCUUAACAUAGGUUUGACUAAGAAUGAACUGACAGGGAAAAUUCCUUCUGGCUUUGGGAAGUUGCAAAAUCUUAGUUUUCUGAGUAUAGGAAAUAGUCAAUUGUUUGGAGACAUUCCUGAUGACCUCUUCAAUUGUAUUGGUCUGAGUUCGCUACUUUUAAGCGGGAAUGAUUUUACUGGAUUGCUGAAACCAAGCAUUGGAAGCCUCACCAAUCUCAAAGUUCUGCGUCUUAGUACAAAUUCAUUUUCGGGAAGGAUUCCUAAAGAAAUUGGGAACCUUAGUAAACUCUUUACAUUAUCCCUCCACACAAACAAAUUCUCAGGCAUAGUUCCGCCUGAACUGUCAAAGCUCACCUUUCUCCAGGGCUUAGCACUGCAAAACAAUCUUCUUGAAGGUUUGCUUCCAGGCAGCAUUUUUGAGCUCAAAAACCUUUAUGUGCUAUUGCUAAACAAUAACAGUUUCACUGGACCUAUCCCAGACUCUGUUUCGAAAGUCAAGCAGCUGUCACACUUGGAUCUCAGUGAAAACAGGCUUUCUGGAUUAAUUCCCAAGAGUAUGGCAACACUGAACAGGAUGAUGACCUUGGAUCUCUCACAUAAUAAUCUCACAGGAUCCAUCCCAGGAACAGUUAUUUCAAGCAUGAGAAUGAUGUCAACAUAUCUCAACCUUUCAUACAAUUCAUUUUCUGGAAGACUUCCACCUGAGAUGGGAAUGCUACAAGCAGUUCAAGCCAUCGAAAUCUCGUCUACCAAUCUCUCUGGAAGUAUUUCUACACUCAAAGGCUGCAUAAAUUUGUUCUCACUUGAUCUGUCAAAUAAUAAAUUAUCUGGUCAAAUUCCAACAGACACUUUCACUCAGCUCACUGUGCUUACCAACCUGAAUCUCUCAAGAAACCAGUUAGAUGGACCACUGCCUGAAAGUUUGGCAAGCUUAAGGAAUCUUAGCUUCCUUGAUCUUUCUCAGAAUAAGUUCACAGGUAUCAUAUCUGACAAAUUUUCCACUAUAUCUACCUUAAAAAAUCUCAACCUUUCUUUCAAUCAAUUUGAAGGACUUGUUCCAGAGACUGGUGUUUUUAGAAACAAAAGUGUAACCAGUUUGCAAGGAAAUCCAUCCCUUUGCGGCGGCAAAGCUCUGCAGCCAUGCAAUGACCAGAAAAAAUCAAAAGGCGGCUUAUCCCCAAAAACUGUGGUAAUUAUUGCUUCAUUAGCAUCUUUUGGUGUAAUUAUGCUUUUACUAUUAGCAAUUACAGUGUUCUGUAGAUGCAUGAAGAACAACGAAAGAAAGGAGAUGGAGAGUGCAGCACCAGAUUACACUUCAAAAUCAAUUCUCAAGAGGUUUCAUCCAAAGGAAUUAGAAGAUGCUACUAAUCAGUUCGAUGAGGAUAACAUUUUGGGAUCAAGCAGCAUGAGCACUGUAUACAAGGGUAUACUAGAAGAUGGACAGGUGAUAGCCGUAAAGAUUUUGAAGGUGCAUCUGUUUGCUGAGACAACUGAAAAAAGCUUCAACAGAGAACUUAAAACUCUUGGUAAGCUAAAACACAGAAAUUUGGUGAAGCUAUUUGGUUACGCAUGGGAGAGCUCAAAGCUGAAGGGGAUAGUUCUGGAAUACAUGGAAAAUGGUAGCUUAGAGACCAUUAUACAUGAUUCAGGGGUGGACCAAGCACGGUGGACACUGUCUGAGAGGAUUGAUGUUUUAGUCUCAGUUGCAAGGGGUUUGGUUUACUUGCAUUCAGGUUAUGAUUUUCCGAUAGUCCACUGUGAUCUAAAGCCAUCUAAUGUUCUUUUUGAUGGGGAGUGGGAUGUUCAUGUGAGUGAUUUUGGGACAGCCAGAAUUCUUGAUAUUGAUAUGAACAGCAGCAGCUCCUCCUCGGCAUCAGCCUUUGAAGGAACCAUUGGUUACUUGGCACCAGAAUAUGCAUUUAUGAGGAAAGUCACAACAAAAGUAGAUGUUUUUAGCUUUGGCGUGAUUGUUAUGGAAUUCCUUACCAGACGACGUCCUACUGGUCUUUCUCAAGAUAACGGACAGCCAAUCACUUUGCCACAACUAGUUAAGAAAGCAUUGGCAGAUGGAACCGACAGAUUACUUAGUGUAGUAGAUCCUCAGUUAGUUUCAGAUAUCUCCAGGAAAGAGCAACUAGAAAGUAUCUUUACAUUAGCCUUAUUAUGCACGUGCCAAGAGCCAGAGGGCCGUCCUGACAUGGAUGAGGUGCUAUCUUCACUUUCCAAGAUUAGCAAAUUGGAAACGAAGACUGGGACCGUGAAAGAUGACAGAUCAAAAACAGGUCAAAGCAGCAAUGCUGCAACUCAAAUUCAGGGGACCGUUUCUUAG